UUGAUUGUUUUUCUUCUUGAGGUUCUUGGAGUUGGUAUCAAUGGAAAAGUUGUUGAGUGCGAGCAUCGAAUCACUGGAGAGAAGUAUGCUCUCAAAGUGCUUCGCGAUGUACCGAAAGCUAGGAGGGAGGUUGACCUUCACUACAUGGCAAGCGGACAUCCAAAUAUUGUUGAAAUCGUUGAUGUUUAUGAGAAUUCUUAUAAUAAUGUGCAAUGUCUCCUUGUAGUAAUGGAAAGUAUGAAAGGAGGAGAGUUAUUUAAUCGUAUACAGGUACAAGAGCGAGGUCAGCAAGCUUUCACAGAGAGAGAAGCUGCCAGCAUAAUGUUCGAAAUUUGCUCUGCUGUUGCUCAUCUGCACAAAAUGAAUAUUGCGCACAGAGAUAUCAAACCGGAAAACCUCCUCUAUGUGUACGCAUUUCAUUUUGGUCCAUGCUUAGACAACAGCACUCAUGCUCAAUUAAAGUUAACCGAUUUUGGCUUUGCGAAAAGAACGGAUGAAUCUGAACCGCUUGGAUUAGCAACUGCUUGCUAUACACCAUAUUACUGCGCUCCUGAGGUGCUUGGAGCUGAGAAAUAUGACAAGUCGUGCGAUCUUUGGUCAAUAGGAGUCGUAAUGUACAUAUUGUAA